GCUGGUGGCACUGCCCCCUGUCAGAUCACUCUUUCCAGGCAAGCAGAGGAAGUCUGGGUCUGCAGGCGGGGAACACAGUGAGGCGUGAGGAUGAAGAUUGCAGUGAUCGGACAGAGUCUGUUCGGCCAGGAGGUUUACAAGCAGCUGAGGAAGGACGGCCACACCAUCGUAGGAGUCUUCACCAUCCCUGAUAAAGAUGGCAAGGCUGAUCCACUGGCAACUGAGGCGGAGAAGGACGGUGUCGCCGUCUUCAAGUUCCCCCGCUGGCGUGUGAAGGGCCAGGCCAUCCCGGAGGUGGUGGCUCAGUACGAGGCCACUGGCGCCGAGCUUAACGUCCUGCCCUUCUGUUCCCAGUUCAUCCCCAUGGAGGUCAUUGACCGGCCCAAGCACGGCUCCAUCAUCUACCACCCCUCCCUGCUGCCUCGGCACAGGGGGGCCUCAGCGAUCAACUGGACGCUGAUCCAUGGUGACAAAAGGGGCGGGUUCACAGUGUUCUGGGCCGAUGAUGGACUGGACACUGGACCAAUCCUGCUGCAGAGGGAGUGUGAUGUUGAAUGCGAUGACACCGUCAACACAAUCUACAAGAGAUUUCUCUUCCCAGAGGGGGUCAAAGGCACAGUGGAUGCAGUGAGGCUGAUCGCAGAAGGGAAGGCCCCGAGAAUCACCCAGCCACAAGAGGGAGCCACAUAUGAGUGCAUUCAGAAGAAAGACAAUGCUAAGAUUGACUGGAACCAGUCUGCUGAGGUUCUGCACAACUGGAUCCGAGGAAACGACAAAGUGCCUGGUGCCUGGGCAGAGGUUGAUGGACAGAAAGUGACUUUCUACGGCUCCACUCUAGUGGAUAACGGCACCGCGGCUAAUGGUCAGCCCCUGGAGAUCCCCGGAGCCAGCCUCCCCGGCAUCGUCACCAAGGCAGGCCUGGUGCUGUUUGGCAACGACGGCAAGCCGCUGUUGGUGAAGAACCUUCAGUUUGAGGAUGGGAAGAUGAUCGCUGCGGCGCAGUACUUCCGCUCGGGGAGCAGUGCUGCCGUGGAGCUCACGGAGGAGGAGAGGACCUUCGCUGAGCAGAUGAGGGCGGUGUGGCAGAGCAUUCUGAGUAAUGUCAGUCACAUUGAAGACUCCACUGAUUUCUUCAAGUCCGGCGCUGCUUCCAUGGACGUGGUCAGGCUUGUGGAGGAGGUGAAGCUGCGGGCUGGUAGCUGCCAGCUGCAGAACGAGGACGUUUACAUGAACUGCACCUUCCGGGAUUUCAUCCAGAUGUGCGUGAGGAAACUGCGAGGGGAGGACGACGAGGAGGAACUGAUCGUAGACUAUGUGGAGAAGAACACCAACAACAUGACCAUAAAGAUGCCUCACCAGCUGUUCAUUAAUGGAGAGUUUGUCGACGCAGAGGGAGGGAAGACGUACAAGACCAUCAACCCCACGGACGGCACGGCCAUCUGUGACGUGUCCCUGGCCCAGAUAAGUGACGUGGACAAGGCAGUGGCUGCUGCCAAGGAGGCCUUUGAAGAAGGAGAGUGGGGCAGAAUGAACCCCAGAGACAGAGGCCGACUCAUCUACAAGCUGGCUGACCUGAUGGAGGAGCACCAGGAGGAGCUGGCCACCAUCGAAGCGAUCGACUCUGGUGCUGUUUACACCCUGGCCCUGAAGACUCACGUGGGCAUGUCCAUUCAGACCUUCCGCUACUUCGCUGGCUGGUGUGACAAGAUCCAAGGCAGCACCAUUCCCAUCAACCAGGCCAGGCCCAAUCGUAACCUCACCUUCACCAAGAAGGAGCCAAUAGGAGUUUGUGCCAUCGUGAUUCCCUGGAACUACCCGCUGAUGAUGCUGGCGUGGAAGACAGCGGCCUGCCUGUCGGCCGGAAACACCAUGGUCCUCAAACCCGCUCAGGUGACUCCACUGACAGCACUAAAGUUUGCAGAGUUGGCGGCGAGGGCGGGAUUGCCCAAAGGAGUGAUUAACAUUCUGCCUGGAUCAGGUGCUCUAGUGGGUCAGCGCAUGUCCGACCACCCUGACGUCCGUAAACUGGGCUUCACAGGAUCCACUGAAAUUGGUAAACACAUCAUGAAGAGCUGCGCAGUCAGCAACGUGAAGAAAGUUUCUCUGGAGCUGGGAGGGAAAUCCCCUCUGAUCAUCUUCGCUGACUGUGACAUGGACAAGGCCGUGCGCAUGGGCAUGAGCUCAGUGUUCUUCAACAAGGGAGAGAACUGCAUCGCGGCUGGCAGGCUGUUUGUGGAAGAAACCAUCCAUGACCAGUUUGUGAAAAAAGUGGUUGAUGAGAUCAAGAAGAUGAAGAUCGGUGAUCCGCUGGACCGCUCCACUGACCACGGCCCUCAGAACCACAAAGCCCACCUGGACAAACUGGUGGAGUACUGUCAGACCGGCAUCAAGGAGGGGGCCACUCUGGUCUGUGGCGGCAAACAGGUGCAGCGGCCAGGUUUUUUCUUUGAGCCCACGGUGUUUUCUGAUGUCCAGGACCACAUGUAUAUCGCUAUCGAGGAGUCGUUCGGCCCCGUUAUGAUCCUCUCCACGUUCAAGAGCGGUGAGGUGGACGAUGUCCUGAGAAGGGCCAACGCGACAGAGUACGGCCUUGCGUCUGGCGUUUUCACGCGGGACAUCAGCAAAGCUCUGUACGUCAGUGAAAAGCUCAACGCCGGCACGGUUUUUGUCAACACCUACAACAAGACUGAUGUGGCCUCGCCUUUCGGAGGCUUCAAACAGUCUGGCUUUGGCAAAGACUUGGGACAAGAGGCUCUCAACGAAUACCUGAAGACGAAGGCAGUCACCAUUGAGUAUUAGGUCAAAUCACAGGAGGAAGAGGCGGCGAGGCGGCGAGGCGGCAGCUUCCUGCUGCCUGAGGCAAAGGCAUGUGUGGACACUGACCGAGCGGAGACAUGCAGCGGGAUGGAUAGGGUCAUGUGGAUGAUAGAGUGACCUCAGACCUUUUUAGUUUCUCACUAGUGACGACUGACUAAUAAAACUGUAUGUGCCUUAACAUGUUAAAUUUGUCUUCACGCCGAGCCAUGCUGUAGAAAGUAUUGGCCGGAACUAUGCAAAUCGAAUGAAGAAGUGACCUCUAAGGCUGUUUUGUAAUCAAUGUGAUUGAGUUACCAACAUUUUUUCACAGAUUGCAUUCAUUUCUAAUAUGGCUUACAUUAGGUCAGAAAAGUCUACAAAUUUAGCAUUUCUAAUAAGAAUGUUUUUGGUUAUCAAUGAAAACUGCUGAGCACCAUC